AUGUCAUCUUUAAAAGACAUAUGCAGUGGAUUACCCCUGGAACCUUUGCCCCCUAACCGGGGAAGAGACCCCAAUUUGCCACAUGCACCUAUCCGGACCCCCAACCUUACAGCAGAGGAAGAGCGGUUGGCACUGAGAAAUGCAUUACGUUAUUUCCCUCCCUCCCACCACGUAACACUUGCACCCGAAUUUGCUCAAGAGCUGCGGCAGUACGGGCACAUCUACAUGUACCGCUUCUGCCCCACAUUACGCAUGAGAGCUUACCCCAUAAAUCAGUACCCAUGCUGCACACGUCAAGCUGCCUCCAUAAUGCUAAUGAUCAUGAACAACCUGGACCCAGCAGUUGCUCAGUUCCCCCAGGAGCUCGUCACCUACGGAGGGAAUGGACAGGUGUUUAGUAACUGGGCCCAGUUUCGCCUGGUCAUGCAUUACCUAAGCGAGAUGACAGAGGAACAAACUCUGGUCAUGUACAGCGGUCAUCCCAUGGGCCUGUUCCCCAGCCUGCCUUCAUCACCUCGCGCCAUCAUCACCAACGGCAUGGUUGUUCCAAAUUACUCCUCCAGAAAUCAGUAUGAAAAGAUGUUUGCCCUUGGUGUGUCAAUGUACGGUCAAAUGACAGCAGGCAGCUACUGCUACAUUGGACCUCAAGGGAUUGUUCAUGGCACUUUGCUGACUGUGCUGAAUGCUGGCCGGAGGUACCUGGGCUCUGAUGACUUGAGGGGGCGCGUCUUUGUGACAUCUGGCCUGGGGGGCAUGAGUGGAGCUCAGGCAAAAGCUGCCGUCAUUGCCGGUUGUAUUGGCGUGAUAGCAGAGGUGGAUGAAGCUCCUCUUAGAAAGAGACAUGAGCAGGGCUGGCUGAUGGAGGUCACCAGCAGCAUGGAGCACUGCAUUAAACGCAUCAGAGAGGCUAAGACCUACAAGACUCCCCUCAGUAUGGGUUACCAUGGCAACAUUGUAGACUUGUGGGAGAGGCUGCUGUUGGAGUAUGAGAGGACAGGGGAGCUCCUGGUGGACUUGGGUUCAGACCAGACCUCCCUUCACAACCCAUAUAACGGAGGCUACUACCCAGUCCAGCUCAGCUUCCGCCAGGCGAUUCAGCUCAUGUCGACUGAUCCUAAAGGUUUCCAAACCACGGUCCAAGAAAGUCUCCGAAGACACGUUGAGGCCAUCAACAAGCUGUCUGAUGCUGGUAUGUUCUUCUGGGACUAUGGCAAUGCAUUUCUCCUGGAGGCCCAGAGAGCUGGAGCAAAGGUAGAAAAGGUUGGCGGUGGAGCAACAGAAUUUCGUUACCCUUCUUAUGUUCAGCACAUUAUGGGGGACAUUUUCUCUUUGGGUUUUGGCCCAUUUCGCUGGGUGUGCACAUCUGGCGACCCCAAAGAUCUUGCUGUAACGGACGAUAUCGCAGCUAAUGUCCUGGAGGAAAUUAGUGCCAACGUGAGUGAUCGCAUCAGACAGCAGUACAACGAUAACAUCCGCUGGAUCAGAGAGGCUGGAAAACACAAGAUGGUUGUGGGUUCCCAAGCCAGAAUCCUCUACUCUGACCAGAAAGGAAGAGUCUGCAUUGCUUUGGCUAUCAACCAGGCCAUCGCCGACGGAAGAGUUUCAGCUCCUGUGGUUAUUAGCAGAGACCAUCAUGACGUCAGUGGCACAGACAGCCCGUUCAGAGAAACCUCUAAUGUGUAUGAUGGCUCUGCCUUCUGUGCAGACAUGGCGGUCCAGAACUUUGUCGGUGAUGCAUUCAGGGGCGCCACAUGGGUAGCCCUGCACAACGGUGGUGGUGUCGGCUGGGGCGAGGUAAUGAAUGGAGGGUUUGGUUUGCUAUUGGAUGGCUCAGAGGAGACAGCAAAGCGUGCCAGACUGAUGCUCAACUGGGACGUCUCCAAUGGGGUGGCUCGUCGCUGCUGGUCUGGAAACUCAAAUGCCUAUGACACCAUCCAGCACACCAUGGAGGAGAACGGGCAGUUGCGUGUCACCAUGCCUUUUCCUGUACAGGAUGAGCGUGUGCUGGACUGUGCCCUGCAGGCCUAGCCAGCAUUUAAACACAGGUUAACAAUGAGCUACAUACAGCCACACAGCAAAGGAAACCUGAGUGGUGGUCACUCAGACCUUUUCCAGCUGUUGAAAUUAUACACUGCAGACGGUCAGUAAUGAAUCAGUGGCAAUAUUGUUACAUAAAUUGUUUGCCGUGACUACACGGAAUGCAAAGUAGGCUACAAUAUUGUGCUAGGCUGUUUUAAUAAUUGAAUCUGCAAGAAUAUAUUCUGUAUUGUUUUGUGCUGAAAAUUAAACUACAAAUGUGUAUCCAUAAUAAAGCCUAU